GGAGGAAUUCUUCAGGAAGAGAAUUGCUGAGGAGGACCUGGCCAGCAGAAUCAUCUCACACAUAAAGACAUCAAGGAGCCUCCACAUCAUGUGCCACAUUCCAGUCUUCUGUUGGAUUUCAGCAAAUGUCCUAGAGAGACUAUUGGUUGAAGCAGAGAGUCAAGAGAUCCCCAAGAAUCUGACUCAAAUGUACGCUCACCUCAUGAUCUUCCUGUCAAAAUUGAGGAGUCAGAAGUAUCCUGUAGAGCAUGCCAACGAUUCUCAUUGGGAUAAAGAGAUGAUUCUGGCACUGGGAAAACUGGCUUUUCAACAGCUAGAAAAAGGCCAUCUGAUAUUCUAUGAGGAAGACCUGAGAGAGUGUGGCAUUGAUAUCAAGGACGCGUCGGUGUACUCUGGAGUGUGCACUCAGAUCUUCAGAGAAGAGUCUGGGCUUAACCAGAUAAAGGUGUACUGCUUUGUACAUCUGAGUAUCCAGGAGUUUCUUGCUGCACUGUAUGUGUUCCUCGUGUUCACAAACGACAACAACAAUCUGAUGGCUAAAGAGAAAUCCCUCCGCAAUAAAAACCGUCUAUAUGAAGAUGCAGUGGACAAGGCCUUGCAGUGUGGAAAUGGCCAUCUGGACCUUUUCCUCCGCUUUCUUCUAGGCCUUUCACUGCAGUCCAAUCAGCAUCUUCUACAAGACCUACUUACACAGACAGGAAGCGGCUCACAGAGCAACAAGGAAACAGUCAGGUACAUCAAGGAGAGGAUCAGGAAGAAACUCCCUCUGGAGAGGUGUAUCAAUCUGUUCCACUGUCUGAAUGAGAUGAAUGACCAAUCUCUAGUGGAGGAAAUCCAAAGCUACCUGAGCUCAGGAAGUCUCUCAAAAUCUAAACUCUCAUCUGGACAGUGGUCAGCUCUGGUCUUCAUGUUGCUGACCUCAGAGAAGCUGGAUGUGUUUGACCUGAAGAAAUACAUCAGAUCAGAUGCGGCUCUUCUCAAACUUCUCCCAGUUGUCAGAUGCUCUAGAACAGCCCUGCUGAACGAAUGUAAACUCACCAAGAAAAGCUGUGAGGCACUGGCUUCUGUUCUCAAGUCAAACUCAUGCUGUCUGAUAGUGCUGGACCUGAGUGGCAAUACACUCCAGGAUUCAGGAGUGAAGCUGCUCUCUGCUGGACUGGAGGAUCCACACUGUAAACUGGAGACAUUGAAGCUGGCAGGCUGCAACAUCACAGAGGAAGGCUGUGCUUCUCUUGCUUCAGCUCUGAGGUCAAACCCCUCCCACCUGAAGGAGCUGGACCUGAGAGGAAAUACUCCAGGAGACUCUGGAGUAAAGCUGCUCUCUUCUGUACGAGAGGAUCCCCUCUAUACACUGGAGACACUGCGGUUAAAUGACUGAAAGCUCACUGAGAUUCAGUGAAGGAAUGGCCUCAGCUCCAAGUCCUUGGUUGUGGGAGUGCGCUGCUUCGAAUCAAUGAUGAUAGCUCCUUGAAUCUCUCAAUCAAUCAGAGAGCCCCGGCGAAGUGGUGCCUGGAAAAUAACCUCUCCCUCAACAUCAACAAACGCAUCACCGGGGGCACACAGCCUGCCCUCCAGGACAC